AUGAAGGAGAACUACUGUUUACAAGCCGCCCUGGUGUGCCUGGGCAUGCUGUGCCACAGCCAGGCCUUCAGCACCGAGCGGAGGGGCCACCUGCGGCCCUCAUUCCACGGGCAUCACGAGAAGGGCAAGGAGGGCCAGGUGCUGCAGCGCUCCAAGAGAGGCUGGGUCUGGAACCAGUUCUUCGUGAUCGAGGAGUACACCGGGCCGGACCCCGUGCUCGUGGGCAGGCUUCAUUCCGAUAUUGACUCUGGUGAUGGGAACAUUAAAUACAUUCUCUCAGGUGAAGGGGCCGGCACCAUUUUUGUGAUUGAUGACAAAUCAGGGAACAUUCACGCUACCAAGACAUUGGACCGCGAGGAGAGAGCCCAGUACACACUGAUGGCUCAGGCCGUGGACAGGGAUACCAACAGGCCGCUGGAGCCACCGUCCGAGUUCAUUGUCAAGGUCCAGGACAUUAAUGACAACCCUCCCGAGUUCCUGCAUGAGACCUAUCACGCCAAUGUGCCCGAGAGGUCCAAUGUGGGCACGUCAGUGAUCCAGGUGACGGCCUCUGAUGCGGAUGACCCCACCUACGGGAACAGCGCCAAGCUGGUGUACAGCAUCCUGGAAGGACAGCCCUACUUCUCAGUGGAGGCUCAGACAGGUAUCAUCAGAACAGCCCUUCCCAACAUGGACAGGGAAGCCAAGGAGGAGUACCACGUGGUGAUCCAGGCCAAGGACAUGGGCGGACACAUGGGUGGACUCUCAGGGACAACCAAAGUGACGAUCACACUGACCGAUGUCAACGAUAACCCACCAAAGUUCCCGCAGAGCGUAUACCAGAUGUCUGUGUCAGAAGCAGCGGUCCCCGGGGAGGAAGUCGGGAGAGUGAAGGCCAAAGACCCCGACAUUGGUGAAAACGGCUUGGUUGCAUACACUAUUGUUGAUGGAGAUGGCAUGGAAUUGUUUGAAAUCACAACGGACUAUGACACCCAGGAGGGCGUGGUGAAGCUGAAAAAGCCCGUAGAUUUUGAAACCAAGAGAGCGUACAGCUUGAAGGUAGAGGCAGCCAACGUGCACAUUGACCCCAAAUUCAUCAGCAACGGGCCUUUCAAGGACACAGUGACGAUCAAGAUCGCCGUGGAAGAUGCUGACGAGCCCCCCAUGUUCUUGGCCCCAAGUUACAUUCACGAAGUCCAAGAAAAUGCAGCUGCUGGCACCGUGGUUGGGAGAGUGCAUGCCAAAGACCCUGAUGCUGCCAACAGCCCAAUCAGGUAUUCAAUUGAUCGGCAUACUGACUUGGACAGGUUCUUCACUAUCAAUCCAGAGGAUGGUUUUAUUAAAACUACAAAACCUCUAGACAGGGAGGAAACCGCCUGGCUCAACAUCUCUGUGUUUGCAGCAGAGAUCCACAACCGGCAUCAGGAAGCCAAGGUCCCUGUGUCCAUCAGGGUCCUGGACGUCAACGAUAAUGCUCCCAAGUUCGCUGCCCCCUACGAAGGCUUCAUCUGUGAGAGUGACCAGACCAAGCCGCUUUCUAACCAGCCAAUUGUUACAAUUAGUGCAGAUGACAAGGAUGACACAGCCAACGGACCAAGAUUUAUCUUCAGUCUGCCUCCUGAAAUCAUUCACAACCCAAACUUCACGGUCAGAGACAACAGAGAUAACACCGCGGGGGUGUAUGCCCGGCGCGGGGGCUUCAGUCGGCAGAAGCAGGAUUUGUACCUCCUUCCCAUCGUGAUCAGCGACGGUGGCAUCCCACCGAUGAGCAGCACCAACACCCUCACCAUCAGGGUGUGCGGGUGCGACGUGAAUGGGGCGCUGCUCUCCUGCAAUGCCGAGGCCUACAUCCUGAACGCCGGCCUGAGCACGGGCGCGCUCAUCGCCAUCCUGGCCUGCAUAGUCAUUCUCUUGGUCAUCGUGGUGUUGUUUGUGACCCUGAGGAGGCAGAAGAAAGAGCCUCUCAUCGUCUUCGAAGAGGAAGAUGUCCGGGAGAACAUCAUCACCUAUGACGACGAAGGGGGCGGGGAGGAAGACACGGAGGCCUUUGACAUCGCCACCCUCCAGAACCCCGACGGCAUCAACGGGUUUAUCCCGCGCAAAGACAUCAAGCCCGAGUACCAGUACAUGCCUAGGCCCGGGCUCCGGCCAGCGCCCAACAGCGUAGAUGUUGAUGACUUCAUCAACACGAGGAUACAGGAGGCAGACAAUGACCCCACGGCCCCACCCUAUGACUCCAUCCAAAUCUAUGGCUACGAAGGCCGGGGCUCGGUGGCCGGGUCCCUGAGCUCCCUGGAGUCGGCCACCACCGAUUCAGACUUGGACUACGACUACCUACAGAACUGGGGACCUCGUUUUAAGAAACUAGCGGACUUGUACGGUUCCAAAGACACUUUUGAUGAUGACUCUUAA